UUGCCCACACUCCGCCCGGCUUCCCUCGCCCGGUGUGCGCAGGCGCGAGCCCUCAAGAUGGCGGCGGCUGGAGCUGGCCGUCUGCGCAGGGCGGCCUCGGCCCUGCUCCUGGGGCGUCCGCGCCUGCCGGCCCGGGAACUGUCCGCUCCGGCCCGGCUCUACCACAAGAAGGUUGUGGAUCAUUAUGAAAAUCCUAGAAAUGUGGGCUCCCUAGACAAGACAUCAAAAAAUGUUGGCACCGGCUUGGUAGGGGCUCCAGCAUGUGGUGAUGUGAUGAAAUUACAGAUUCAGGUGGAUGAGAAGGGAAAGAUUGUGGAUGCCAGGUUCAAAACCUUUGGCUGUGGGUCGGCCAUUGCCUCCAGCUCUCUGGCCACGGAGUGGGUAAAAGGCAAAACGGUGGAGGAGGCCCUGACCAUUAAGAACACGGACAUAGCCAAGGAGCUCUGCCUGCCCCCCGUGAAACUGCACUGCUCCAUGCUGGCUGAAGACGCCAUCAAGGCUGCCCUAGCCGAUUACAAGCUGAAACAAGAACCCCAGAAAGGAGAGGCUAAGAAGAAAUGAGCCCCCCCCACUCAGGGGGGAGCGCCCCAGCUGGCCCGAAAUCCCCGAGAUGCUUCACAGCCUCCCCCUUCACAGCACAACCACAGCAGAGCUUGGAGAUGCGACGACCCUAGCUGCUCACCCCCAUGUCUCGGACUGACCCAGAUUAUAGUUUCCUCCUUCCCGUCCACUCUCAGCCCUCACACAGCCCACGUCUAUUCUGAUGUGUGCGUCCAGCUGCAAAACCAGCACAGAGUCCCAAGCUUUGAGAGUUCACAAGUUAACGCACAUCCCUUCUUCUCCCUGAGUCUGGCUGGAGGAACAUUCUCAACUGAACACCUUGAUGGGAUGACCUGAUAGAACCAGAUAUUGUACAGAAAGCAGACUUGUAUAUCUAUCUCUAUAGCAAUAAAAACCUAAGACAAUUUU